AUGAUUAAUUACCUCUAAAUAUUGCAAUAAAGAAGUCCAUUUAUGGAGGAAUUGACCAUUUAUGAAGAGGGAAGAAGAAUGUAGAUGUUAGAAAAGUCACUAAGAGAAAAAGGAGGGAAGGAGUACUAUUUGAUAUCUAAAAAAUUCAUAAAAUAAUGGAAACAUUAUGUAGAUUAUGAUGAGGAAAUGGAAGAAUAUGAAAAAGACAGCAGAUAAAAAGUUUUGAUUUUAAAUAUGCAUAGCCUGAUAAAAUCAAUUCUGAUUUAAUUAGCAAUAAGAAAUUGUUUAAGUACUUUCCCGAAGACCAUGUUUAUAACUCUACCAUUCGUUAUUUGGAAAAUGAAUGGGAUUAUGAAAUUAGAAGUUUAUGAAUAUUUUAUAAGAAAUUAUUAAUCAGCCGAACCCCAAAUUAGAGUGGGGUUCUAUAAUGAAAAUCUUAAAAGAAAGUAGAUAUUCCCUAAUUUAGCAAGAUUUACUUUGAUUUAUUGGUCUCCUGUUGAUAAUAAACUAUAAACAGUAAUAGCGUAAGUAGACUAUAACUCGGAGAUCAAGGCAUGGAAGAAUUUACUAAGAGACACAUUUCAAGAGUUAUUCAAACUUAAAAAGGUUAACAAUGUGCGUAUUUGGCAACCAAGACAUAAAACCUUUAAAUAAGGGUUAUUAAUUUAACAAAUAUCCAAAACUAAAGAGGUAGAUGGAGAUAUUUUAGAUGAUAAUUUGAUGAUAUUUCAAUUGCAAAGUUAAAGAAAUAAUUGUUUAAUCCUUGAUUUUGAAAUGAAUGAUUGGUAGUUUACGAAAUAUACAAAAUCAAUUGAGUAUGACAACGAACUAUUGUUAGAAAUUGCUUUAUAGGGUUGUGGUUAAUUAGUAUGUGAGUUUCCGCAAUGCAAAUUAAAUAAUGGCUAUUUAGAUUUGGGUUUUGGAGUGGAAGAUAUCAAAGGAAUCUGUUAAGUUCUAAUUGAAAACGAGGAAGUCAAAUGGGAAUUAAUGUGUUCAAAACAAAAUGGUCUAACUAAUAAUUUACUUCCAUUUUAUUAGAGGGAUGAUAAAAUAGAUAUUAUUCAAUACUUAUUGAAGAUAUCUGCAUCUUUAGAAUUAUUUGGAAUUUCAUUUGUGGAGAAUUACAAUAAAAAUUAAGGGGUUUAUUAGAUUGAUCAAGAAAACCCAGAAGUUAACAUUUUAUUGAUUCAAUUCACAGAUAAAUUAUUGAAAUAGUAGAAAGAAGCCUCAAUACAAAUCAUUAAGAAUUUAUUCUGCAGGAAAGUGGCAGAUAUUGAACCACUUACAAAUUUAUAUUAACUUAGAGCACUCUAUCUAAUUUUAUAAUUUAGAGGAAGUCUAAAUUACAUUCUAGAGGAUAAAACCUAAAUACUAUUAACAAUUAUUAGAAGAUUAAGUUAAUAACAGUUAAAUUAAUUAUCAAAAUGGCUCAGUAAACUCGAUAAUUCUGGAAUAAUAUAAUUAUAAUCAAUGUUAAAAUCCUUGAUUGAAGAGCAAAUCAAAAUAUAGUAAAAUGCCCCCAUAAGACCGCUUCUAGAUAUUGAUGAUAUCUAAAGACUCAAAGGACUCUUUGAAUUAUACAGUAUGAUAUACAAGUCAAAUCUCAGGAAUCGCAGAAUCAAAACAUCUGACUUCAUCAUAAAUUCCAUAUAACAUUUUUACAAAGUAGAUGCAGAUAGAGAGGAAUUCACUUAGUUUUAAAUGUUCAACUAAAAGAUUUUGAGAAAUUACUCAUUUACUUUUUGUCAAUACCCUUGGUCUAUGCCACUUGAGUUCAAAUCUAAGCUAAUUUACAUCGAAUGCAAAGUAAAGUAGUUUGAUUAAAGGAGGAGAACAUACGGUAUUUUACCUUAAUAUGUAUCCUUAACAAUAGAAAGAGAUAAUAUUAUUGAGUCUGCUAUUAAAUAGCUACAGUAAACUAAUUAAUCUCUGAAGAAUCCUCUUAAAAUUUAAUUUGUUAAUGAACAAGGGGUUGAUGAAGGAGGGCCAAAAAGAGAAUUUUUCAGAUUGAUUAUGGAGAAGUUGAUCACUCCAGAUUAUGGUAUGUUUAUCCCAAAGAACAAUGACACUAUAUUUUGGUUCAACCCUCAAUCCUUUGAAAUGCCCAUCUAUUAUUCUUUGAUUGGAAAGCUCUUAGGAUUAUCUCUUUAUAACUCUGUAUUAUUGGAUGUUCGAUUUCCAACCGUGCUAUUUAAGAAGUUGUAGAGAGAGAAGGUUAAAGAGGAGGACCUUAAGGAAUUAGAUAUGGAGGUCUAUACUGGAUUCCAAUUUCUAAGGGAAUAGACAGAUCCAAAGGUAGUUGAGAGUCUAGGUCUGACAUUUAAUGCCACAUACUAGGUGUGGGGAGAAACGUAUUUUGAAGACUUAAAGCCUAAUGGAUUUUAGAUUGAUGUCACCAUUUAAAAUAGAGAGGAAUAUAUAUAAUUGUAUAUCGAUUGGUAUUUGAAUAAGUUGGUUUAGAAGUAAUUCGACUUAUUGAAAGAUGGAUUUAAGACAGUAGUUGAUGGAGAUGGAAUAAAGCUAUUUUCAGGAGAAGAAUUGUAGCAAUUGAUUAUUGGUUUGCCAACUUUUGAUAUGAAAGAUUUGGAGGCAUCAACCAAAUAUGAUGGGUAUGAAAGUAAUUCGGAGUACAUCAAGUAUUUUUGGAAUUGCAUCCAUUCGUUGAAUGUUGAAAUGCAAAAAAGAUUUUUAUUCUUCUGCACAGGUUCAGAUAGAAUUCCUGUUGGAGGACUCAAAUCUAUUAAAUUUGUUAUAUAAAAACAUGGAGAAGAUACUGAAUAAUUACCAUCAGCACAUACUUGUUUCAAUGUUUUAUUGUUACCAUAAUAUAAAGUUAAGGAAACCUUAAAAGAAAAGUUGAAGAUCUCUCUUGAAAAUGCAGAAGGAUUCGGAUUGAUGUGA